AUGUUCCUGACACUUGCUCGGACGGUGCGCCGGCGCUCGCGCUUCUUCUCCAUCGACAUCGUUCGCCCGAGUGCAGGUCCCGCGAGCUUGGAGCCGGAGGCAAACGCGACCGACUCGGUCAAGACCGCCCUCCAGCAGAAGCUCGGCCUCCAGAACGACUCGAUCGCCGCAUGCCAUCGCGACUCGAACCGUGUCGACUCGGAGCAAUCGCUGGCGAUGGAGACGGUUGCGAUUCCACACGACCGCAGAAUCAGCAACCACGAUACAAACGUGCAAAAGUCCAAGGAACAAGACGUCCAGGUGAAGACCAAGGGUUCGAACGCCUUUAUUAUGGAGGCCAUUUUGACGCUGGAACAAGACAUCGUGAAGCUCAACGCCACUUAUGACGCCAUCGAUGCCACUUAUGACGCCCUUGGCCCGCGUCUCGACACUUGGGACAAACGCCUCGCACAUCUUGAGGCCUCCAGCUUCAAGCGCAAGCGCGACCGCGAGCUGGACGAGCUCGGGGCCUUCAUCGCCAAGUACGCCAACUUUUGCGCGCUCAAACUCUGCGGUGACGUACACACGGACGCCAACACGGAUGACGACACCGACGAUGUGGACCCGUCGCUGGUCGCCAUCAGCGGGCGGUGCAGCGCUCAUCCCAUGUACAAUUACGCAAGACUGCGCGCGAUCAUUGAUGCGAUCACGCUGGACGAGUUUCCCGACUUUCCGGAGACCAAGGCGUGCUGCCACGAGGCGCUGGAAGAGUUUGAGCGCGAAGCCACGAACGACCAGAAGCAUCCUUGGCGCUUUGCCGACUAA